GCCCGGUAGCAAUGGCGGUUAAUUCGUUUGCUUAUGAUUAAACCGUUGACCGAUGGACGUUUGUUAGACCGACAAAAAAUCACUUACUAUCAAUAUUGUUCAGGUGAAAUUAUUUUAUAAUUGUGCGUCAGAUUGACAUUGAUAGUUGAUGUGUACAUAGUUUUUGUUGUAUUACCCUUACUCGUGGUUUGCAUUUUACAUCGGAUUGUUGUGUUUUCAUCUUUAACUUUUGAGGACCGUGUCUGCCCAGUGUUUUAGUUAUCAUUAAUCCAGACUUGUAACACUGACAUUCAUUGCUUUUGAAAAGUUAAGACUGAUGAUAUUUGACUCAUAAAGUUCAUUGAAUAACGACGUUGCUAUGGUGGUCAAAAAAGAAUCUGGGGUAUACUCUACUCAAAUAGGACGUUGGUCUGAUUUAUUAUUUUAUUGGGAUAUUUUCAAAUUUAUAUUCUUACUUAUGCUGCGUGUAAUACUUUUUUUGGUUGCCUAUGCAACUCGUAAAUUCAGCCAGUUCUUAGAUUAUUUGUCUGAACACUAUAAGGUUGAAGAGCAUUUGCGACUAACGAAAAAAGAAAAACAAGAAUUUAUUGAACCUAAAUUGACUAUCAAAAAUAAAGCAUUCAAAAUUAAAUAUAACAGUAAUGACAACUCAAUCUUUACCAACAAGAGAAAUAAUGAAGUUAUUGCAAGUGCUAUAUGCUCUGCAAGAUCUCAAAAUAUAAACCAAGAUUUAGAUGAUAUAAAGAAAAAUGAUAAUUCUCAUACAUUUUUUCAUAGUGAUCUUAAUAAUGCACAAUCAAUUCAUGUUGUAAAAACUGGUAAUCAAAGCAAUGCUGAGAAAAAAGAAAUUAUUGACCUUUCAGUUGUUAAUAAUAAGAUUGAAGAAAGUACAAAAAAACUUUCACAUAAUGAGCAAAUUGCAAAAAAAAUUGUUGUUUCUAAUUCUAAUAAAAAAGCUGUCUUGACGGUUCAUCAAAAUGAUAUUCAGCAUAAUGCUAUUAUAUUACCAGCUAUUAAUGUUGAUAAAAAAAAUGAAGACAUCUUCCUUAAUGAAUGUGCUGUUAAAAUGAACAAUCAAGAAAACAUAAUUAAACCAGAAAAUGGCAAUUUGGCUUCUGCUUGUAGUAUUGAAAGCAACUUGGAACUUACAUAUAAUAAUUAUAAUGCCAAUGAUAUAAAAGAUGAUAAAAGUUCAAAAACAGAAGAAAACAUGGUUUUGUCUAUUUCUUGUAAUAAUAAUGAUUUAACAUCCAAAAAUGACAGCUCAGAGUCUCAGUGUACUGCUUUUGUAAAUCCAAAACGUGAAAGAAGUUCAAAAUCUCGAAGCCCUAUUCAUCUUAUUACAAAAACUUUAAUGGAAAACUUAAAUGGAGAACAUAACAAAAAAGUGGAAUUAGAAUUAAAAACAACAAAUAAUUUAAAUACACACAUAAAUGAAGAUUUAAUAGCUAAAUCUCCAGUCAGUUCUGAAAUUGGCAAUACAAGUGAUAAAUACUUAGUUGAAAAAUUCUCUAACAAUCAACAGAGCCACUUAGAAAAGUCAGACAAUUUCAAAAGAGGAACAACAAAUAACUCAUGGUCCAAACGUUGCUGUUCGAGUAGUGGUGGUAGCCCAGAACUUACAAAUGGUAAAGACACAUUUUAUAGAAAUGUAAGAGAUCAUAAAGAAUUAGAUGUAGAAAAAUUAGACAGUUAUGGUGGAGGAGGUAAUAGACGGCUAUUUACGAAAAAUGAAAGAAGCAUACAUUUUAUAGAUUCUAAAGAAGAAAUUUGUAAUGUACCAACUUGUUAUGCAUUGGCUCGUUUUAUCACAGCAGAUUUUCAAAUGACUCCAGAUACAACCAUUGAUUUUCAAACCAAGUAUGGAUGUACCUGGGGUGAAUUAUUUGACCAAAGUUUAAAGCCAGGCGAUGUUGGAGUUGUUGUCAACAACAAUCAAUACAUAUUUUUCUUGAUUGUUAAAAAUAAAAACGAUCAUCAGAGAAUAGAACCUGUUUUUAUUGAUAAUGCUGUGUCAGAUUUGGCUAAUAAGAUGAAGCAACUAAAAUUAACAAAAUUAGCAGUGUGUGCAAUGAGUAAUGGAUUACAGCGAUUUGUUUGGUCAGAGAUGAAAAAAUACUUUAACAAAUACUUUUUUGGCUCAAAUAUUUCUAUUAUGGAGUGUUUUAUGCCACCUAAAAAUGAAAUGAAACCAUUACCUGUAGUAAAUAGAACUUAUACAAAUCUAUGGGAUAUGGAAAAACAGACUGAUAUCAUUAUGUUUAUCAACAUAGAAGAAAUUUAUAAUGAAGAUUGGAAUGAUCAAGUAGUAGAAAAAAUUGAUGCUAAAUAUCCAUUUAAAGAAAAACUUUUGAAUGAUAUAAAUAUUAAACCAAUGGCAUCUGGUGAUGUAUUGAUGUAUAAAAUCAAUGGAGAAGUAUUACUUUGUAUAUUUGUUAAUUCUUUUGGUCAACACAAAGAUCGUUAUAAGUGUUUAGAAAAAUCAUUCAACAAAAUAAAAUCAAUGUUGAAUGGCUAUAGAUUCUUCGGUAUUCAACAAAAUUUAAAGGUAUCUGAUAGUGAAUCUGAAGAUAUAUGGCGAAAAGUAUUUCUGCUACGUUCUGUUUUUACUAAACAAAGUGGUGAAAUUUGGAUGUGCGGUGAUACUAAUGCUCAUAAAUUAAUGCAAUAUGAAGAAUAUAAAAAAACUGUUAAUGACGCCAUGAAUGACUCAUCAACCAGUAAAUCUACCAGUAAUGGAUAUAAUUCACCUAAGUUUGGAAAUUUCAGAAGUCCAUCACGUUUUGAUGGCAAGAGAAGUGGUGAACUAAUCAGUACACCUAGAUCAGAAAGUUUAUCUCGCUUUGAAAACAGAAGAAAAGGUGGAAAUGAUGUAUCUAGAUUUGAUAGUGCAAACUUAGUACGUCGCAGUAAUAGUCAAUCAUCAAUGAUUUCUAAAUUUAAUAAAGCUAACAAUAAACUAUCAGCCUCUAAUAACAAUACAAUUGGCAUGACCUUAAACAACAAGAACUUGAACAACAGUUAUAGCAUGAGCAGCAAUGACUACUUGGAAAAUUGGGAAUAGUAAAAAAAAAUCUGACAGAUACAAAAAAAUUAUUGUUAUUUUCUUUUUUUUUUAAAUUUAAAAUAUUAUGAAAAACUUAUGGUUAAUUGUUAUGCAUAACAUCUUAAUUUUACUAUUGUUUUUGGUUGUUAAACAAAGCUAUUGAUAAUUAUUUACUAUAUAUAGUUUCAAAGUAUAUUUUAUUACUUGACAACCUGUACUUCUUAAUCAUAAUUAAAAAAAAUUGUAUUCUUUUAUUAGAUGUCAUUAGCAAGUAGCAAUGAUUUUUUGUUAAGUUGUGUUAUUACUAAUAUAUUUUUACACUAAUAUAAAAAUCUAAGUGAUUUGUGUGAGGUACAAAUUUUAAUCAAAUUAGUAUUAACUAGUAAAAUAAUGUUAAUGAUUUUUAUAAAAAUUAAGAUAAUUUUAAAUAAAGAAUUAUAAAUCACUGCUUAUUUAUCAUAUUAUACAAGAAAAAUUUUAAGUGAUUAUUUAUUUAAAUGUUUUUGGAAUUUAAUUAAAAAAGAAAGUGUGGUAAUGAGUAAUCUAUAAAAUGUUUAAUUUUACUAUUGUUUAAUAUUUGUAUCAAUUAAGAUGUUUUUAAUGUUGUAAAGUACUAUUUUUGUUGACAAAUUCAGAUAAAAUUUUCAAUUAAUAUAAAACAUGUAUUUUUAAUUUCAUAAAAUAAAAAAUAUAUAUUUAUACUAGA